AUGGGAGAAGCGUGUACCAAUGGUAGAGCCUCUUCUGGGACUAUAUCUGUAAAAAUUGACAUUAGUAAAACAGACGCCGGCGGAGGAUAUAGGGAUGGUUGUCGUAAUAUUAUAAAAGUUAAGAAGGAUAAUACACCUACUAACAGUUACAAGAAAUAUAUUCACACCCCUGUAGUCAGAUCACAUUAUAUUGAUGGAAUAUAUUACAAUGGGACCAGACAAGAUACUAUAAAAGUAGAUGAUUCAGGUCGCUACGAAAAAAAGGUAACUGUAUACUAUCUAAGGUAUGAUGAAAAUAAUGUUUUACCACUAGUAGUUGGCAUCACUAAAGGUGCAACUCUAUGUGAAUAUUACAAAAAGACGAAUUAUUUUUCCACUUACCAAUGGACAAAAGACGUCGGAAUUAUUCUUGAAUCUGCACUUCUCAAAGAACUUCCAACAAUUGGCAAUAAACUUAAGGAGCUCAUAGUGUUAAACGUUACAACAGUCCAAGGAGUUUAUUAUGCCAAUGGAGAAUCCAACAGACGUCCAGAUGCUAAUAAGAUAGUUACCAUAUCAGUUUCUCCAGAAUCUGUUCAUACAAUCUACAAAAAGUUCAAGCAUGCUCCCACAGGAAUAGAUCGUAUGAGACUCCUAUCCACAAAGAAGGGUGUCACAAGCAUACCAUUUGAACAAUCUAUAUAUAGAAGUAACUAUAAUGAAGCUUCUGUCUAUUACUGGUCGUUAGACGGUGGUCAUACUAGUCCCUUGUUACUGGAACUUACAUCAUCUGAUAAAUCUCCCUCAUACUAUACACUUGUUGAUGCUGGUGGAACGGAUAAAAAAUGGAAGCUUGAAUCUGGUGUACAGAGCAAUAAUAUCAAGGAGAAACUAGAUGAGCAGAAUUGUAUUAGGAACAAGGCCCAUGUUAUGGACAUUUCAAGGAGGGGUAGUUACCAAUGUCCCGGUAGUUGUGGUAAUAGCAUCACUGUGGCUGAUAACCAUUUCACUAGUUACUCCCGAACAUUACAUUCUGUUUCUGAUGGUAGUUUCUCUAGAUUCAAGGAUGGAAAAACGAAACAAAGGGGACUAUAUGCUGUUAAAGGUCUACAAAAAUGUUAUGUCUUCUUUUACCCUAAAGAGAAGGGCAGACCCCUCUUAAUUUCUUACAAAUCAAAUGAUGAUUUUACAUGGUACAGGCGGGAAUCAUUUAAUUCCACUAACUGGGAAAAGUUAAAUAAAAACGUUCCAAAUGAUGAAAACGAGAAUGACAAAAUUCUGAGUUUUCUCCUCGGUGUUUAUGCUCCUGAAGUCACCGUAAAGACAGAGCAUACUGAUUCUGAAAAACCAUAUACUUCUGGAAGUUUUGAAAUAACUGUAAAAAGUGAGACAAAAACUGUCCCUCGCACAGGUUCUACAUAUCAUGAAUUCAAACAUUGCCUUGAGGAUGGAGGAUAUUUUAGACCCUACGAGGUAAAGUUUAAUGGAGACAUUCUCCAUAGCACAUGGCGCUCUGAUAUAUUGACUUCAUUCACAGUUUAUUACUCUUCCAAACAAUGUGAAUAUAAUAGGCUAAUCCUCAUCAAACUGGAAAAGAAAGACGGAGGUAGUGACUACUACACUGAGAAACAUACGGAAGGCCAACAGCUCGAAUGGAUAAAGAGCGAUAAACCCAUAGACCCUGAGGAAUUUUUAAUGGAUCUCUAUGCUCCUAAAAGAGAAAAGCGAAUGCAAAAGACAACCUCCAUUAGUGCAGCAAAGGCUGUAGGACUGGCCAGCGGAGUAGCAGUUGCAUGCUUUGUGGUAUAUGAGGGAACAAUGAUGUUAUUUAAUCCACAAAAGACCCUCUUUGCAAAAAUGACAGGUUUGUUUGUGAGGAAAACAUAG